CAUGAAAAUCAAAGAAAGGUUGGGGGAUGUGUCCAUUUAUGGUUUCGUUUUUAUAGAUGAGGCUAUCAAUCCAAAAAGAUGUUCUCAAAUUUUGAAUAAAAAAUGUGGUUCUGAUUCAACAACAGAAGUCGAGUGUAAACUCUUUGGUUGUUGUUAUCUAAACGGGAAGUGUUUCUAUGACAACACAGCAAUGGCCGGAUUUGUACAAAUCAGAAAGAAUUCAAAUUUUCAAACAUUCUAUAAUAUUAUUAUUUCUAUAAAUGUUAAGGAAUGUACAAGACACUGUCUAUCUUCUUCUCAAUGCAGAUGCUUUGAAUAUGACUUUAAGAGGACUGUCUGCACUCUGAGCAAAGAGGCUUGCAAUGCUCAAAAUGAUUCAGAAACCAUAUCUUCGUAUGAAAGAAUUGGGUUUUCAUCAUUAACCUGCUACAAUGCUGAUUGUGGGCAUCUGGAUCAAUUCAACAAAACUGAUCUAUACGAAUGCAAAACUGACUGUGAAGUACAAUCAAAUUGUGAAUUUAUAAUCUACGCUGGUGAUAAUAGGGAGAAAAAAUGUACUCACCUCCCAUCUAGUAACUGUGACUUUUCGGAUUCAAAGAGGAGAUUUGCAUACAUGAAUAGUUGCGUUCUUGGGCCAGUGUUCAAAGAUGUCUAUCAACAGAAUGAUAACAAAUUACUUCAAAUUACUGACCAACAAAGUGAAAACACUUGUAUUGAUGUCAAAGCUGAUGAAGAUUUUAGUUUAAGAAUUCCAUGGCCAUCUGUUUCUACAAUUAGUCCAAACUUUAAGCUGAACAUUUUUGGUGAAAAUCUUCAUAAAUGUAUUGAUUUAAAGAAUAGCCUUCCACCCGUUGGAGUUUUAGCCUAUAUUCCAUUGGAUUAUCAGAAUGAUCCUAUUUUUAUAGGGAACUUUUUAAGCUGCCAAUUACUGAACGGCGAUGACAAUACAGUUUGUGAGUACUUUUGCAGUUGUCAAAUGGACUAUUGCCAAUCAGUCUACAUUAAAGCAAUUACAAACACAAACAAUAACAUGAAAAUAUGUCAUUACACAGUCGUACAAUUGUAA